AUGCGCACCGUCUUCGCCGUCGCUUCCGUCGCGACCCUCGCGUCUGUCGCCACCGCCCAGUCCAUCACGGGCUACGGUCGCUUCUCCUGCACGACCUUCGUUGGAGGCGUCCCGACUGCUGGUACGCUCCUCCGCCUCCUCGUCGCGGACUCCGCUGUCGGUCACAACGGACUGACCUCAUUGAUUUGCGAUGCAGACCAGUCGCUCUGCACUGGCCUCGUCUCGCCGGGAACUGGCCUCGGCGGAGGCGCCCAGGGAGACUCGCCCGCCCCGGUCGGCGCGACUUGCUCGCUCGAGAUCGAGACGGGCAACUACUUCUGCGGCAUCGCCGGCGCUCCCUGCACCGCCAGCACGCACCAAGGCGGUUUCACCCAGGCUUGCGCCAACAACGACGCAAACUGCUCGGGAUACCUCUACUGCACGAGCCAGCAGCUCACUCCGACUGUUUCGGGAACGUGCGGCGGCCUCGGCGCUUUCUGCCAGGACUACACCGUUGGCUCCACGACCUUGACCGACGCUCAGAAUGAGGUUCUCUUCAACCAGUUCUGCCAGUCGGGCUACUGCGGCUUCCUCACCGGCAACUGCGAGACGCACGCCCUCCUCGGCCAGGACUGCUCGUUCGACCCCGAGUUCGCCUGCGCGACCGGCCUCACCUGCACGACCGACACGACCACUGGCGCCCAGACUUGCACGAUCGCCAGCGCUUCCGCUCGUGCUCGUACCCGCGCACGUCGCUCGGGCGACCUCGCUCGCCGCAACGUCUGCCCGUCGUCGCACUCGGCGUGCACUGUCCCGGGAGCCAAGGGCUUCGAGUGCAUUGACACCUCGUCCAACAUCGAGCAGUGCGGUGCCUGCGCGUCGGAGGGCGGCGUCGACUGCACCCAGAUCGAGGGUGCUGCCGCCGUCGGCUGCGUCGCCGGCGUCUGCGAGAUCUGGUCGUGCGCCGAGGGCUUCACCUACAACGAGGCCAAGGGCGCCUGCAUCGCCUAA